GUCGUUUUAAUAAAUGUAAUAUCAUUUUAAAUUCACAACAUAAAGGUUCCAUGUGACAUGAUUUGUGACAAAAUUAGUAUAGUAGGUGUUAGAAAAAUGCAUUUUUUUUUUAAUGUUUGCACGAACCGUUUCGUCAUUUUAGCUAUUCGCCGUGUUCUCGCAAUGUAACCGAUGCGGUUAAAAUAGAGCGCACGUUUAUGUCGUCAAUAAUUACGGAACAAAGAAACCAAAGAGUAUAUUGUCGGCUGAACGUAAGAAAGUUGAUUUUAAUAUAAAUAGGAUUUAUUUCUACUAAAAAAAUCCGGACGUUUUUCGACGAUCCGGACGGUGACAUUAUCACUGAAAUGGGGGUAUUUUUACAAUCCUGUGCAGUUGUUAUCUUAUCAUUGGUGGUAAAGAAGGAAGCAACGUUUAUAGAGAUUCCUAUACAUGGAUGGAAAUAGAAAACAUAAUUACAUCAUCUAACUAUUCUGCACAAUGUGUUGCAGUUUUACCAAGGUUUAUUGAAACAAGCACACAAGUUGGUUUAUCAUCCACUACUACAACACAAUGUAAAGUGAAUACAUUUUAUGCUAUAAGCUGCACCAACAAAUUAACCAAUGGAAUUAAAUACAAAUUUCAGGUUGUCACCAUAACUGUAUCAGAUGUAGGAUACUUGACACAAACUAGUCAACCGAUUGUUGCAACCCCCACAGAUAAACCAACAAGUUUCAAUACAAUUAUACUAGCAGUUGUGAUAGUUGCAACUUGUACAUUGAUUGUUUUAGUUGGAGCUUAUUUCUACAAGAAACAAAAAAAUAACCAAGCAAUAAAAGAUAGGUCACCAGAGCUUCAGUUCGUUCAAUCCACAAAUGCUAUUCAACAAGAUGGUACGAAUUGUGAAGGAGCAUAUGCCAACCUAGAAGUUGUUCAUAGAUCAGAACUGGACAUUCUAACAAUUGACUUAGUAAACAAAUAUAAGAACAUGCUUUUUUUUAAUGAGGCAGCUUUUGUUCAGCAAUUUCAGGAACUGGCAACCGCAACAAAGGAAAUUAUUCUCCCAAAAACACAUGCUGAAAAUCCAGAUAACAAGAAGAAAAAUAGAUACAAAAACAUUUUGCCAUGUAAGUUGUUUUUAAGUUCAAAAAUAAUUUUAAAAAAUAAUUUGGGUUUUGCAGAUGAUGCCACAAGAGUUGAACUGAAAAAAACAGCUGAAAGUUUUGAUUAUAUUAAUGCAAAUUAUAUUGAUGGUUAUUCUCAGGAGCGUAAAUUCAUAGCAACACAAGGUCCAUUGGAUCGAACAACUGGAGAUUUCUGGAGGAUGGUUUGGGAACAGGAAUGCUUGGUUAUAGUUAUGCUUACUAAUGUUGUUGAAUCUGGCAAGAUAAAAUGUGCAAAAUACUGGCCUGACCAAGGAAAACGUUGCACAUAUGAUGGUUACAGUGUUGAAACUGUUACAGAGGUUGAUUAUGGCUCUUACAUUGUAAGGACAAUAAACAUUGAAGAAACCAAUAAUGAAUAUGCAACGGCAUUAAAACAGAUACAGCAUUUUCAUUACAUAGCAUGGCCAGAUCAUGGUGUGCCAUUGAUCACAUCUAGCAUAAUUCAAAUGCAAAAAAAUGUUAAUGCAAAAGCCAACUCGGAAAAUGCAGCACCCAUAAUUGUACACUGCAGUGCUGGAGCAGGUCGUACAGGAGCGUAUAUAGGAUUUGAUAUUUUACUCGAUGAAAUGAAAUCUAGAAACAGAGUGAACGUAUACAGAACUGUGCUUAACAUGAGAAAGCAAAGAAUGGACAUGGUGCAGAAUAUGAAACAAUAUAUAUUCAUACACAAGCUGAUAACUGAAUGUUAUGCAUUGGGAAACACUGAAGUGGAUGUUGCUGAAUUACAAGAACAUAUCUCGCAACAAACUAUAUUGCUUGAAGAAUUUGACAACUUAAGCAUCAUUCUUCCUCUGACAACAUCACAGAAAAUUGCUCUCCAGCAUUCUGAUGAUCCAGGAAACAAAGAUGUCAAUGUUUUACCAUAUGACCACUCUAUAGUUCGAGUUUUGAAUGAAAACGAUGAAGAUUCUUUUUACUUGAAUGCUUCUUUUAUAUCGGAUUACUCUCCGAAUGAAACUUUUAUUGUGGCACAAGAUCCAGUGCCUGCUAAUGUAGAUAUUUUCUGGAGGGCCGUUGUGGAUAACAAUGUCAAUGUUAUUGUGAUGUUAAGUACAGUAGGGAACGGGGAAACAAAGGACAACUGCAUACAAUAUUGGCCAAAUGAAGUUGGACAAAGUCAAACAUAUGAUACUGUUAAUGUAACUCUGCUUGAUGUAAAUAGAACUCAUGCCAUGUUUGAAAGGAAACUGGAUUUGGAAUGUGGACAUUUAAAUGAAACCAUAACACAUAUCCAGUGUCUAUUCUGGGGAGGAAAGUUGGAUAUACAAGACACUGAAAGCCUGGUAAACCUGAUCUCUAUUGCUGGGCAUUUAAAAGGAGAUAUUGGGAAAAUUUUGGUUCAUUGCUGUGAUGGAGCUGGGCGUUCAGGUGUGUUCUGUGCCGUCAACAACAUUAUUAAGAGAUUGAGAACUGAAAAUCGUAUUGAUGUGUUUCGUACUGUUAAAGAUCUAAGAGACAUGAGACCGCAUAUGGUUCGAUCUGCUGAGCAAUACCUGACUUGCUACAACUCCAUCAUUGCUUUCCAGUCUUCCGUUACCACAUACGCUAAUCUCUGAACAAUGUAUGAGGAAAUCCAAUUUGUGUUAAACAUUGCAUCAAGUUAAUCAAUAUACACUUAGACUACUUGUAAACGUUUUUAUCUGUAGAUAAAAUGAACGCUUCUCGAUUCGUUUUAACUUCAAUUGUAAGUUAUAAACAUGCGGCGCGCAACUUUUCUGCAAUUAAAUUUCCCACAAUUCAAAAUUACUAUGUCUAAAAUAUACCAUAGAAAUAUAAACAACAAAAAUUUAAGAUUUUAUAACGAUUAUGUUAUGAUUUAUACAUACAGUGAUUGAAUGUAUUUUAUUGCCCUUAAAAUAAAUAUGAAUAAUUU